AUGUCCCAAUCAGUUUCACCACUACCUCCUCACGGACGAUGGAACUCACCAGGCCUGACCGAACGCACCUCAACUCCCAACAGCUUGUAUGCUGGAGCCCGCAAUUACCAAGAUCAUAAUGACGACCAGUGGGCGGCGGCAAAAGCAAGAAGCGCACAGGUUAGAGGAUAUCCCAGCAUACAAACAAAGAAUGAAGGCUUCUUCCUGCGGUCCAAGCGGAAAAUCUCGACCCUUCCCGUCUUCAGUCCUUACACUCCUCUCUCCGCCAACUGGAAAGACCCAGAGAAACUCGGCCGCAGCCGGUGGUAUCCGAGAGGUGGUGGCAGCUUGUCCAGGGUCAAGACAUUUGCUGGCAAUGUCUUGAGGAAGUUCAAGUUUCUGUUCAUAAUAUUGUCCGUUGUGACGUUGACAACGGUGCUACUCUCACAGACAAAUGUCCUCAGACGGUAUCGCGGCAACUCUCACCUAGGAGGCGGAAGCAAAUUCGUCAUUGUCCUUGGGGCCAACGAAGGCGGAGGUGUCAUGGAGUGGAAAGGUCCCAGGGAAUGGGCCAUCGAGCGCGACAGUGUUAAGAACAAAAAGAGAUAUGCGGAAAGAUGGGGAUACCACCUGGACAUUGCAGACAUGAGCACCAAGAAGAGAUACGCCCAUGAAUGGCGCGAGAGCUGGGAGAAAGUUGACCUGAUCCGCAACGCCAUGGCUCGGUAUCCAAAUGCUGAAUGGUUUUGGUGGCUUGACUUGAACACUUUCAUCAUGGAACCCUCAAUAUCUCUCCAGAAACACAUCUUCAACACCCUCGACACACAAGUGUACCGCGAUAUCAAUGUCUACAACCCUCUCAACAUUACCCAUCCACCCCAGACCGAAUUCCUUGACCUUGUCGCCAGGUCGCCCACUGGCGACAACCUGACGUCCUCGAUCGACGUCAUCAUUCCCCAAGAUUGUGACGGCUUCAACUUGGGUUCUUUCUUUGUCCGACGGUCUGCCUUUACAGAUCGAUUGCUUGAUUUAUGGUGGGACCCUGUUCUGUAUGAGCAGAAGCACAUGGAGUGGGAGCACAAAGAACAGGACGCGUUGGAGCAUCUUUACGCUUCUCAGCCGUAUCUACGGACUCACUUUGCAUUCAUCCAUCAGCGGAAGAUCAACUCUUUUCCGCCGGGUGCUUGUGCGGCUCAGCCGGCCCCUGACCAAGAGGCCCACGACAGGGAGCCGGUCCUCGAUCCUAGGUUCCACUAUAGUGAAGCGGAGCGGGACUUCAUGGUCAACAUGGCUGGUUGCGAGUGGGGUCGAGACUGUUGGGCCGAGAUGUACAUGUACCGCGAGCUCAGCAACAAGCUGAACCGUUCGUGGCGCGAAAAGGUCAAGGCCGCCAUAACCCAACGAUGGGUGAGCUUCAGGAGAACAGCUGACAAGGAAAGCACGACAAGGGAGGAUUAA